AUAUUGUACAUGUAAGGACUAUUGCCAAAUCAUGAAGAAAAUAUUUGUAUCGAGAUAAAACUGCAUUGAGUGAUAUAACAGCUGAUAAUAAGUAUCAAGCAGAGCUUGGUCUGCCCUUUGUGAAGAAAUUCUGAAGUUACAAUUUAUUUUUUAUCAAUGGAAGUAGAUGCCACAAAAUUCAAGUAACAUAUAUUUUAUUGGCCCAUAUGUUGAAGCUUGCUGGUAAAGCUUGCUUGUGCCUGCCCGUUUCCGUUGAUUGCAAUCCAGUACAAUAGCCUGUCCUAGAUUCUGCAAAGCGUUAGAGAGAAAAGAAUGAUUCGUAUCGCCGCGGUGCGUGUCUGAGCGGUGCGAGUGGCAGCGAGCACUUUCAUUGUUCUUCGAUCUGCCUCGGAGCAAAGGUGCGAGUGCGAUCUCGCGCACUUCACCACAAGCACCGAUUUGGCGUAUCCGUUAUCAUCGUUGUCGUCGACUUCGCUAUCGUCACCGUCAUCAUUGCUGUCAUCUUCGAAAGACAAGAACGAUUUAUUAACUACGUCGCGUGAACAAAGUAGGAAAGAGAAUACGUGUGGUGUCAGUAAGAGAACUAAAAUAACGCGAAAUGUUUCGUGAUGAGAAACACCGUUCGACGGUGCGGUGUUUCGUAAACGCGCAAAUUUACCGUUGCAUCAACGUGAAUGGAAGUGAUGAAAGAAGAGAAGAUGCCAGGGAAGAUUUGUUCGAUUGUUGCGCAAAUACCUAUUGAGAACGCCGAAAAUGAUUAACGGAGCGCGAGAACGCAUUGGCGAGAUAAAUGGAUUCGGGAUUCUCCAUUAGCAUACAAAAGCAAAUAAUGCAAUUUCACAGCAUCUCGCGCAAUUUGACUCAUCCGUACGAGUUGUAACUACCACUGGCGGUGCAACUCGCAGGAUCCAUCGUUUUGCACAUUAUCGCCACGGAAUGAGUCACUGGCAGACUAAAAAUAAAAAAAAAUUAAAUCUCAUGUCGCGUACUGUGAAUUUCUCGAUCUAGAUCUUUUGGCAAUGCAGUUCAGCCGUAUACCGAAAUUGUAUCAGUCAAGGUGAUGCAGUUCAGACAGCCGGCGAUAUGGUCGUUGAUCUUCCUGCCGAUUGGUCUUGCGUAUGCCGGUAUCAGCAAUUGGGAUGCGUGCAGCGGCAGACUGGAGCACGCUCUAGACGCCCUCCACAGGGACUCCAGCAGGAAAAACAAGCUGGACGAAGAGGAGACUGGAAUGUCGUAUCAGCGUGAACUGCGUUCCGCUCCUCUAGAAAUGUCCGUCUCCCGUAUGGCUGUGAAGCUGCCCGAGAAUACGAAGGAGCCCGCGAGUCAUUGGGCACGGGUGGAACGAUGCGUCUUCGAGCCCGAGCGGAGUUCCCUGAGGACGCGCGUCGUCUUCAACGACUUGUCGGUGUCGGGAAUUGUGUCUCUGAUGCCGAGGGAUCGUCGCCCUCCGAUCCGAAUGUUGCCGAAUGCCGAGUCUUGCAGAAUGACGCUGCGACUGAGACGCGCGGGAAUAGACUUCCUCACCAGUCCGAUCGCGCGCGGACGCGGCCAGAUGCGCAUACGCACGGAGUCCAGUUUCUUGGAGCCGAGGUUCGCCUCAAUAUACGCGUACGGUUGUCACCCCACGCGUCUCGACAAGCAGAUCAAACGGCAGGACAAAUGGCCUCCAUAUCAUUUGGCUAAUGACAAAGUAACUUCGUCGACGCCUCCAUUGACCUCCGUGAGCGACAAGUACGACGCGGCGGAACCGAGACAGCUAGUGGGCAUCACCGAAGAGGUGGACGUUGUCGUGCCUAACGAGAGCCGAUAUCCGCAUUAUUCACGCACUCCGAAAACGAAUUUCGGCGUAUGGAGGAAAAAUUCUUGGAUCACCAAGUCACCGUUACGCCGGAGACGUUCAACGAUACGACAACGGUUCACGCGUGCCGCCCAAACGAUGGCCGUCGCGCCGCAAGAUUUUACACGCUCCCUUGUGAAUGAGCGCGAUGAAGAGAUAACUCCUUCUUCGGUAAAGAAGGAGCCUGUGAACUUGGUCGAGAUAUUCAAUUUAACCGACAGCUUACAGAACGAGGAUCCAUCGCGAAACAUCUCGCGGGAGGUAAGGGAACUCGUGCUGAACGACAAUCUCGAAAAUUUAUUUCCCGUAGACUCGGAAGACCCAAGCAGAAGUUGGCAGUCGAAGGAGCAUAUCACGCGCGAAAUGGAAGACGUGUUUUUACAAGGCGCUAGCCAAGCGUUAACCAAGUACAUCGAGCGCCAGUUACAUCCGGCGAUAAAAGAGACACUGAUGUUGUCUAUGGGUUACACCAUCAGCUAUGGAUAGGGGAGGGGGAGGGGGAAGCGAGGAGUUCGGCUGCUCCAAGGCGAGUUUGUAACUACGUAUAUAUUCCGACGUUAGAACGGCCGACCGAUCGAUAUAAAAAGAUAAACGUAUUGUCCUCUUUCCUGCCUGAGAAAUUCUGACUGUGUCGUUCGUCAUCGAAGAAAAAUCAUUAUUUUAUAUUUUUCUCUUCUAUCUUUGCUUCGUGGUACAUCUAUCAACAUUUUAGUCAAAAAAACGCGUCAUAUUUCUUAUU